AUGUCGUCCACUACCGCAAUGCAUCUAUCAUCAACAUCAUCCCUGGACGAUCUUCGUCCAAGAACAAUGAAGCACCAAGUUCUUCGUCCACAACAUGAAGGAUCGUCGGACUCGUACUCGUACUCGUACUCUUGGACCGAAACGGAAUGGCAAACCUUAUUGAUGGACGCUGCCACGUCGACAGCAACGACGACAAGUUCCUUGUUGGAUGGUCAACAAGAAGGGUUUGUGACGGUAACUCUCCUCUUGGCUUCCAUUCGGGAUGCCAUGUUGCAACGUCAACAACGAGCCGCCACGCAUUGCACAAACAAUCAAACCUUUGAUCACGAUCAAGCCAACCGUGUCAUUGCGGAGAUUGAUCAAAUCUUGUCACCCCAGGAAGAAGAAGAAGAUAACAACAAUGCUAUUGCAGCACAGCAUGAAGGCCCAUUGAAUGACGCCAAGCAAUACUUUGAUGCCAUGCUUUCCAUGUUUUCCAAUGGAGAAGUCAUGAAUUUGCUAAAGGGUGUCUACACCAAAUUGACCAUCAUGACGCUACAACAACAACAACAACAACAACAACAGCGAUUGAUAGAGGAGGAAGAAGAAAAGAAAGAAGAGGAAUCUCUUUGA